CUACCAGCCAUCGACUGCAUGGAAAUACACGUGCAACGUGCCCUGCACCCUCCCAUCACCCAUUUCUCCUCUACCUCUCACCAGCUGCUUCAUCCCGCUCCAUAUCCCUACUCCUUCUCCCACUACUUAAUCUUCGAUGCGGGUGCACCGUGUCACUCGUCGUUUGCUUCAUCGUACCAGUAUGCUUGGUAGCCCGAAAGGUCAAUAUAUCAGGCUUCAAGUCAUUCACGGAAAGAAUUUCAGAGUACCCUCCCGCCGCAUACCUGCAGGCAUUUAUGUGUCCAUCAAACUCGACUCGAGGAGAUGCUGGACGUCGCUCGCCCCAGGCCUAUUUUCCGACAACUCUGUAGCGUGGGGUGAUACCGUGACCAUAUCAGCAGAUGUGUCACCUAGACUGUUAUUAGAGGUCAGAGCAUCCUUUGAGUUCGGGCGGAUGUUGGGGCAUGGGGAACUCGUUGGAAAGCUUGAAAUGCCGUGGAAGGAGCUGCUCGAUCAUGGAGACGAACCGUUCGAUCUGUCUUUCCCACCCAUCCGAGGUGUCUGUCCUUCACUCACGCUGAAGGCCGCUUCUGCCCAUGCUUGCGGAAACGACCGUGGUGGACUGUUUGAUUCCAUUGUAGAAUGCGACAUUAUUUGGCACACGGAUGUAGGCCACGCGCUGCUCGCUGAUUACGUGACCAGCAAGAGUGUCUGUCACCUGAACGAUGCUGUGGAGGAUUUCCAGUUGGUUCUGGACCAGAGUUCGGUUGGCCAUCCUGACCGCGCAGCCGCUCUCACUAACCUCGCGUGGGCACGCCUUCAAGGUUAUAUUCGCAAGGAUCUUCAAGAUAUUGACUCUACUGCCUCUUUAUUCCACGACGCCCUUGAAUUGCGUCCGCAAGGCCACCCCGAUCGUCCCUUGUCUCUCUAUCAUCUCACCGAGGCGCUGAGAUGGCGCCACAAAAAUCAACAUACUCCCGCCGAUAUCCGUGAAUCUGCCCGACUCUACCAUGAGCUACUACCUCUCUGCCCCGAGGGCACCUAUCUUCGCAGCAUGGCGGCUGGGGAAAAUGGUGUUGAUUAUGUAGUCGAGGCCUGCAACAAUCUUCCAAGGGACUCAUCCAACGAGGGUAUCCAACUUCGACGAAUCGUGCUCGAGCUCUGUCCUCUGGGUCAUCGACACCAUCCAAGAACCCUUGAAGAGCUGUCCGGAGCCCUUGAGGAGUUGUCAGGAGCCCUCAGAGCACGUUUUCUACAAUGCGGCAGCAUUGAUGAUCUAGAAGAGACCAUACAACUUUGUCGUGAAGUUGUUUCUCUGUACCCCGAGGGAUAUCCUCGUCGCGGAACCUACUUGAUUAAUUUGGGGUUCUCACUCGAAUCCCGUUUCAAUCACCAAGGCAAAUAUCGUGACCUCAAGGAGGCCAUCUAUCUAUACGAAGAGGCGCUGCGCUUGCAUCCUGUGGGGCAUAAAUUUCGUGGCAGAUCAUUGGGCGCGCUAGGGUGCGCCCUCCGCGUCCGUUUCCAACAAAGUGGUAACAUUGAUGACAUCAACGAAGCUAUCAGCCUCUUUCGCGAGGCACUGACAUUGUGCCCACAUGGGCAUCCAAGGCGUGACACCACGCUUGCCAACCUUGCUUCUGUGCUCAAAACCAGAUAUAUAAAAUUGCAUGCCAGCGAGGAUCUCAACGAGGCCAUUGAUUCGUGCCGUGAAUCACUUCGGUUAAAGCAACAUGAUCAUCCAGAGCGCCAUAAAACUCUUUCCAAGUUGAGCUCAGCACUCUGCUUUCGUUUCACGGAAACUUGGAAUAAUGAAGAUGUCGAGGAGGCCAUUGAUCUCUGUCAGCAAUCAUUGGCGGCUUUACCUCCACUGCGCCCGCACAGAUUUUUCAGCUACGCAGCACUACAGACGGCAUAUCUAUCUCGUUUCAGGGCACAAUCCAACCCUACUGAUUUGUCGCUCGUAAUGGAGAACUUCAGACUGGCAUCAAGACACCCCACUCAAGGCUUCCUAAAUCGCAUUAAGAAGGCUAUUGACUGGGCUCGCCAAGCAGAAGUCUAUGAGCAUGAAUCUGGCCUUGAAGCAUACCAAAUAUGCUUGGAUCUCUUCGACAACCAUGUGGUGACGCGAUCUUCAAUUAUCUCACGGCGGGAUGCUGCUACCGCUUUUCGUGAUGCACAAUCACUUCCAGUAGAUGCAGCAUCGUGUGCUAUUCGUCGUAAUGAUCUGCAACGAGCCGUUGAACUUGUGGAGCAAGGUCGCGGUCAACAAUGGUCCCUGGCCUCUCGACUCAGGACUCCGUUGGAAGACCUCGAGACCGCAAGUCUAUCACUAGCUCAUAAAUUCUCGGCGCUCAGCAAGCGCCUUUCUGAUGUUCAGGGUGCCACAUGCAGCACAGACCGAGCCGCUGCUGACCAAGCAGCGAUAGAGUACAGGAGACUUAUGGAGCAGUGGGAAGCUGCAGUGGCCGAAAUCCGCAAUAUUCAAGGUUUCUCGCGAUUCAUGCUCCCACCAUCAUACGAGGACUUGCAAGUGGCAGCAAUUCAUGGCCCAGUAAUCAUCCUCGUUGCGAGUAAAUACUCAUGCAACGCCCUCAUUGUCCCAACUGCAGGGCAGCCCCACUAUGUUCCCUUCCCAUCUCUUACUCUCGCGCAUCUCGAGAUGCUCAAGAACCGCUUUUCCAGUGAGAUACGGCUGGCAGCUCGUAUGGGCCCAAUGGACCCGCGGAAGGAUUUGCGCGUAUUGUUGCGGCAAGUAUGGGAGGAGAUCAUGCUACCCAUUGUUGAUGUCCUCCAGCAUGUCCUGAAAUUGCAACGCCGGACUCGAAUCUGGCUGUGUCCAACUGCCGCUUUUACUUCCAUUCCUCUCCAUGCAGCUCACCCCUUUCGAACGAAGGAAUCAUGCCUGGAGGAUCUCUACAUCUGCUCUUACACGCCGACACUUUCAGCUCUGAUCAGAUCCCGACAGACCAUGAAGACACGUGUCACCCCAUCCUUUGCGGCGAUCGCGCAGAGUCAAUCAGGUGCUGGGCAAGGCACAUUGCUCGCCGCUGUCAACAGUGAGCUCGAGCUCGUCCAUAAACUCAUUCCUCCCACCGUCAAGUUUACCACUCUUUCUGGAGACAGCGCUACACGGGCAGGUGCACUCGAUGCCUUGCAAUGCAACACCUGGGUGCACCUCGCUUGUCAUGGCAAGCAGGACCGUGAGCAGCCUUAUAAUUCACGUUUCGCCAUGAGAGACGAACCUCUCACGCUGCUUGAUAUUAUGGAGAACGAUACUCCGCAAGCCGAAUUCGCAUUUUUAUCAGCAUGUCAUACCGCCGUUGGUGAUGAGGAGACGCCAGACGAGGUCAUCCACCUUGCAGCUGGUAUGCAGUUCUCAGGGUUCAAGAGUGUCAUCGGCACUCUUUGGGCGGUCGAUGACGCUGUCGUGAAGCACGUUGUUGAAGCUUUUUACGAGAAUCUGUUCAAGAAGGAGGGUGUCGUUGACUGUACGAGGGCAGCCUCGUCACCCAACUUUGCUACGGACGCCGUGAAGACAAAAAUACCGCUCGAGCAAAAAAUUGUUUUCAUCCAUAUCGGUGUGUAGUUCCAUAACACAUUUCUUUCAUCUGGUACAGUUUUGCAAGUUGUUGAUCUUACGUUCUCGUUCACUUGCUUUGUACUUCAAUUUGUUGCCCUUUUACUUAUGUGCUUCAAUUAUCUUAAUUUCUCAUUCUCUCUGAUGUUGUUGUCUACUCUAGAGUCUUCAGGUAUUUGCAGCAUCGUCG